UUUGUUGUAGGUGAACUGCUCCUGUUUUCCAGUGUGAUUGUCCUGCUCCAGGUGGUACGCAGCUGCCCGGACAAGUGUUACUGUCAGUCAUCUACAAAUUUUGUAGACUGCAGCCAGCAGGGUCUGGCCGAAAUCCCUUCCCAUUUACCUCCUCAGACUCGAACGCUGCAUUUACAAGAUAAUCAGAUACACCAUCUUCCUGCUUUUGCAUUUAGGUCAGUGCCAUGGCUCAUGACCUUAAACUUGUCCAACAAUUCCCUUUCAAAUCUGGCCCCUGGAGCUUUCCAUGGGCUUCAGCACUUGCAGGUUUUAAAUCUAACCCAGAAUUCACUCCUUUCCCUGGAAAGCAGACUUUUCCAUUCCCUCCCUCAGCUGAGGGAGCUUGAUUUGUCAUCAAACAACAUAAGCCACCUUCCCACAUCCUUGGGAGAGACUUGGGAGAACCUAACUAUACUUGCAGUUCAACAAAACCAGCUUCAGCAGCUUGAUCGAGCACUCCUGGAAUCCAUGCCCAGUGUGAGGCUUUUACUUCUCAAGGACAACCUCUGGAAAUGCAAUUGCCACUUGCUCGGUCUUAAACUCUGGCUGGAGAAAUUUGUCUAUAAAGGGGGAAAAACAGACGGCAUCAUCUGUGAAUCACCAGACACCUGGAAGGGAAAGGACCUCCUUAGGAUCCCUCAUGAGCUGUACCAGCCCUGCCCUCUUCCUGCUCCUGAUCCAGUGUCCUCGCAGGCUCAGUGGCCCGGCUCUGCCCACGGUGUGGUCCUGAGGCCUCCUGAGAACCACAACGCGGGGGAGCGAGAACUCUUGGAGUGCGAGCUCAAACCCAAGCCAAGGCCGGCCAAUCUGCGUCAUGCCAUUGCCACUGUCAUCAUCACUGGCGUUGUGUGUGGGAUUGUGUGUCUCAUGAUGUUGGCAGCUGCCAUCUAUGGCUGCACCUAUGCGGCAAUCACAGCGCAGUACCAUGGGGGACCCUUGGCUCAAACCAAUGAUCCUGGGAAGGUGGAAGAAAAAGAGCGAUUUGACAGCUCACCAGCCUGAGAGCUUUUGUCUCAAAUAGGAUUGGUCAUUGCAGGCCAGAAGAUAGCGUCUGAGUAGGGCUGAUGUGUUUCCUGUUAGUCUGAUUUUGCUUUUGCCAAAAGACAAAAAAAAAAAAAAAAGAAAAAAAAAAAAGAUGUGUCUGUAAAAAAUAUUUCUGGGGAGGAAUUUAUGUUGCGAUCUUUAAAAUACUAUAGGUAAAAUAAAGAUGAUACUUGUGCUCUGGGCCUGGGAAGUUAUUACAAUGAUUCUAUGUGGGGGUAAGACACACACAGAGAAAGGGAAGAUGCCAUCUCUUCCAGGUACUCUUCUGUGGAUUAAGUUCCUUUUACAAAGCAACAGAAAUUCAAACACACAUGCCAAUCAGCAUUCCUGGGAGCUUUAUGGUCCACUGGAAAACUGCCCAAUUUUGAGUGCUUGGGAAGAGGCUGGUGAUCUUACCCGACGGGCAUUGAAUGCCUCUAUAAUUCGAGUUCAUGCUAGAUCAGUGAUACUUUUAGAUGUUGUAUAUGUUAUAAAUUUAGUGGAAGCUGUUGGUUGGGAAUUUCAUAGCUUGCCACAAGAGUCAAAGUCUAUUUCAUUUUCGAAAUCAGAAAACCAUUUGUGGCCUUCUAGGCCUCAGAGGAAGAAGAAGAUUCCAUGUCCGGAUAAUAGGACUCAGGCCCUGAGUCUGGGGAAGUUUUCUGAUGAAAGGUUAAAAAACAUAUAAACAAACACAAAGAGGAUGGGGAGCCAGAAUUUGGGGCAGAUAUUACCAAAAGGCCAUAUCCACCAAGGGAUUGGAACCUUCCAUUUAUAACUCUUACAGCAGGAAUGAAUUUAGGUUGGGCUGAGAGCGAGAUAAUGACUUUUGUGUAUCUGUAUCUGCAUACAUAGCGCACAGAGUGCAUAGAGUUGUACAACCACACCCACACAUAAACAUACUCUGAGCAAUCAGUUUACCCACUAAUGAAAUGCAGCCGUGUCAGGGUGGAAGCCAGCAGCUGUUGUCCACCACCCAGAUUGUCUACUCCCCACACUGGGAUAGGAGUAAGAAGGAAGACUGCAGAGAGUGGGAAUUACCAAGAAACUCAAGAUAGGUGGCGGCAGCUAUCCUCAAUGUUAUUUAGGCCAUGGUUUUAAAAAAUCAGGUGUGGCUGGCUUUACUCCACAGACAUGGUCUUGAAGAGUUGCAUGCAAAGUGAAUUUUUGUAAAUUGAAUCAUCAUUUUAAUGCAGUAGGGGAGCUGGCUAUUUAAAGGAACCUUUCAUGGAAUCUUUCUGUAAUAGAAAUAAUUGGCUCCAGAUUUAUGCAUUUUGUAAAUUUUGCAUUUUCUCAUGCUAGGUUUUCUUAAAGUGGAAUCUACCUGUUCUCUCUCAUGAUGCUCACAGUCACCUGUUAGUAUUAAAAUCAUUUUACACAAGAAGAGAGGACAGAGAAGUUAUGGACAUGUUAAAAGCAGAGAAUGGCAAAUAUAGGGCCAGCUGUCCCUCCAGAGGCCAUGACAGACAUUGCUAAUCAAUCUCAGCACUCUUCCUAGCUCAGCACCACAGAUGCCUUAAGACAGCACUGUAGGCAACCAGAACUAAUCAACUGGAGUUGGUUCAAAGGAUAAAACACAUUUGCUACUCAGGGUACUGGCUCUACAUUCACUCCUUCAGGCCAUGUAAUGAUUGGUUUGGAUCCUAAAUCAGUAGUCCAUUCUCUAACUGAAAUGUGAAUGGAAGGUUCACAUGUGUAUGGGAUAGAUGCAGGGAAACGGGUGAACCUAUCACUUCCUACUGUGCAGGUCUCACACGGAUGCACCUCUAAUAAUCACAGAGACAAUCUACACCUGCCAUGGUGCUUCAUAGCUAGUGUGGGCCCCACACACCCAGAGGCUAAAGAUGGACCACCUUUCUGGAGCAGCAAUUUUGCUAGAUGAUUUUUCUAGGGGACAAAGUUUAAAUUUCGAUGGUAAUUUUUUUCUGAAUAUCGAAAGAAACUGAAAUACCUUAAAUUGUAGAUCAAAGAAAGACCCCAAGGAAAGCCUGCUGACCCAUCAGCUCUGUCCCAGGCCCUGGCACCUCCUCUCCAUGGGCCACUCAGUGGACAUGGCUCAAUAUCCUUCUUUAUGGAUGUAGUGACUACUUUCCAAGUGAAAAAACCUUUCUUUCCAUGGCCCUGGACUGAGGAUGCUUGGCCAAGAAGGCAGUGUGAGAAAGGAAUUAUACGUUUUUAUACCUUGUCCCAGUUUCACCAAAUGUUUCCAGAGCUCACACCGUGUACCGUGUACCAGACAUAGUGCAAGGCGUUCUUGUGUAAUCCUGACACCCACCGCAUGAGCCACUUGAACGGAUAUUACAUUAGCUGAGAGCUACUGAGGUCAAUAACGCAUGCUUCAUUUUAAUGCAGUGAUUUCAGUCAGCAAGUGCACUGGGCCCUGCCAGAGGUUUGGUGACAGUGGAGGUCAACCCAGUCCCCCUACCCACAGAGAUUACAUGAGGGAGUUUCUGAUCCACCACAGAAAACCCUGAACGUGACUAGAAUCCUUGCUUGUCAACACUUAUAUCCUUUUAGAUUUCUAAGUACAGAUGAUAACUCAGGCAAACAGACUUCCUGCUUUAUGGGCAGUCUUUAAGGAAAAUGAUUAAAAUGAUGCAUACUUAUAUUCAGAUUUCUAUCUUUUGCCUACAGUCACCACAAACAGCAGUUGGCAAUGAAAAUAAUUACUUACCCUGAAAUGUCAACAGCUUCUCAGCACAGAAAAAAAUAUAAAUCAAAUUGUUUAGAUUAACAAAUGCAGAGUUAUCAUUUGUUAAUAUGAGAAAUGAAAUGUUUUAACUGUAAAAAACAUUGCAGAUGAAAGACCCAAUUUGCAGGGUAUUCUGUGAGAACCACAAAUUAUCUUUCACAACCACUAUAGCUCAUGAGGGGUAAUUUGCAAACGCCUCAUAGAUUAUUUUCAGCUGUUUAUUGCUGCUGUCAUAUUCAUAGAUUCCCUUAUAAAAAUGUCCUUCUGUCAUAGAAGACUUGCUGAGGGUACACUGUGGACAAAAAUCACGUUUAGUGUUGAUUGUUUCUGAGAAAACUAAAAAUAUAGUUCUUUCAUCAUAUUUAGUCGAACAGU